AUGUUCGAACACGGGCUACACGCGAAGAGGCUGGCCAGCGGCUCGCCCUGCUCCUGCAGCGUGGGCGCCAACGAUGUGGCGGAGCCGCCCCCAGACGAGUUGCCGCCCACCAGCAGAAUCGGUGUCGGCUCCGACGGGCAGUCCGACCCCAAUGGCCCAUGCGUCGACAGCCACUCGAAUGUCUUCAAACACCACUCCAUGAUGUCGGGAAACGGGAAAUUCCCAUACGGUGCGGUUGGCGUUCGCGGGGAGUCGACCAUUACGACUAUGGCUUCGGAGGGCGACGCAAUCUUUGAGGCCGAGGGGCCGUGA